GAACGUGUAUAGAUUGGAUUUGAGAAAAGAAAAGAUCAAAAGAGCAGUCACGAGAAACAUCAAACAUUAUGGUAUAUUCACAUUGUGUGAGGACCAUUGAAGAAAAGCUGUUACAAUCUGGUCCUAAAAUCUAAUCCAAAUACACGCGCGCGCAUACGCGUAAUGUCUCCAUGUUGGCUGUUACCAAACCCCUCCAACUAUAUUAACGUCUCCCAAUUUCCAAUCCUCUACCAUCACUCCCACCACCACUUGCACCACGUCGUCUUUAAUUUCUGUAAGCUUCCAUCCCUGCUCUUCAAAUCUUUGAGCAAAAUGGCUCAUGCAGUAACCAAUGGAUUAAAAUCUGGCAAUUUCUCGUCUUCUCCUUAAUCAUCACUCCCUCUUCCUUAAUUUAUCCAAUUUUGUGAAAUAAGUGGAGGGCAGAAAAAAUGAUAAAUUUUGGCCGCUACUCAGUUUAGAGUUUCGGAAAGAAUUUGGGAUUUAUUUUACCUAGAGUGAAUUUUAAGGAAGGUUUUUGGUUGAAGAAGAAGAAGAAAAAGAAAUGGACUGUGCUUUUGAACACCAGAUCUUUUCUGAACUGCCUGCAAUUGACGAAUGCGUGAUUAAGCAGGACUCUCAGGAAUAUGGGUGCUCUCAUUACCAGAGGAAGUGUAAGAUCGUAGCGCCCUGUUGCAACGAGACAUUUGAUUGCAGGCACUGCCACAAUGAUGCCAAGAACUCUAUAGAAGUUGAUCCACUCGAUCGCCAUGAUAUUCCACGUCAUGAAGUAAAGAGGAUCAUCUGCUCAGUGUGUGACACAGAACAAGAUGUCCAACAAAUUUGCACUAAUUGUGGGGUUUGUAUGGGGAAGUACUAUUGCUCGAUAUGCAAAUACUUCGAUGAUGAUAUUUCAAAGAAUCAAUAUCACUGCGAAAAAUGUGGAAUAUGCAGAACUGGCGGCAAAGACAACUUUUUCCACUGCGAUAAGUGUGAAUGCUGCUAUUCAAACAUAUUGAAGGAUUCACAUAUAUGUAUAGAGAGAGCGAUGCAUCACAACUGUCCAAUUUGCUUCGAGUAUCUUUUCGACACGCCUAGAGACACUACUGUGCUGCCAUGCGGGCACACUAUACAUCUCGACUGCGUUAAGGAGAUGGAACGCCAUUUCCAGUAUUCUUGCCCGGUUUGCUCAAAAUCGUACUGUGACAUGACCCGCGUCUGGGAAAAGCUGGAUCAGGAGAUUGCUUCAACACCUAUGCCUCAAAUGUAUCAGAAUAAAAUGGUUUGGAUCCUCUGCAACGACUGUGGAGAGACAUCUGAGGUGAACUUCCAUAUACUGGCGCACAAAUGCACCAACUGCAACUCCUACAACACGAAGCAGACGAGAGGGCGUAGCCGCACACCAUGUGCAUCGCAACUUGUUUAGAUGAAUGAAUGUAACCCCAAAAAAAAUACAAAAAAAAUAAAAUUGAAAUAGAUGAAGAGCUACUCUUGGUGGAGAAAUAAGGCGGUGGUGUCAUCAUCAAUUCAUCAUCAUCUGUGAGCUGAAGCCGAAGAUCGUGCUGUUCCUUUAUUCUUUACUCAUUACUUCACUACUUAGGAAAGAUUGUGUAAAUACAUCUUCAGCUUAGCCUCUGUCGAAAUCUACACAUCACCGUGUAAAUCUUUAACGUGAUUAUGAAAAUGUGUAUUCUUUCUUAUAUAUCAAACAUUUUAAUUACUUCA